GACCGAUAAGGACAUCGUGCAAAAAUCCUUAGUGCGGCGGACGAGCUCGUUGUGAUUUGAUGCUGGUUAUUGGUCGCUGAAGGGAGAUUACGGUGAUUGUAGUUUUGCUCUGGGAGAUGCACAAAGGAGCAUUGGGAUGUUCCUCUACAAAGCCCUUAAACAGAGAGAUGAUGAUGAAGAAGACAGUCAGUCCCAGAAACCCUGGAUAGAAAGCACUUUCACCAAGAGGGAAUGUGUGUACAUACUUCCAGUGUCAAAGGACCCCCACAGAUGCCUUCCAGGAUGCCAGAUUUGCCAGCAGCUAGUCCGGUGCUGCUGUGGGCGUCUGGUGCGGCAGCAUGCUGGCUUCACAGCCAGCCUGGCCAACAAGUACUCGGACGUGAAGACGGGUGAGAGCUCUGGCGGGCCUGCGCCGGAGCUGGAAGAGUGGUCGGUGGAAAAACACACAGAGGCUAGCCCCACUGACGCCUAUGGUGUUGUUAACUUCCAGGGAGGCUCGCACUCAUAUAGAGCCAAGUAUGUGCGUUUGUCCUACGACUCUCGUCCAGAGAGCAUUCUACGGCUGAUGCUAAAGGAGUGGCACAUGGAGCUGCCUAAGAUCCUCAUCUCUGUCCACGGGGGUGUGCAAAACUUUGAGCUCCAUCCUCGCAUCAAGCAGGUGGUGGGCAAGGGCCUCAUCAAGGCAGCCGUCACCACGGGUGCCUGGAUUCUCACCGGCGGUGUCAACACAGGUGUAGCAAAGCAUGUUGGUGACGCUCUCAAAGAGCACUCUUCCAGAUCAUCAAAGAAGAUUUGCACGAUUGGCAUUGCAUCUUGGGGAGUCAUCGAAAACAGGACUGACCUCAUCGGGAGAGACAUCAUCGCUCCAUACCAGACGCUGCUCAACCCCCUUAGCAAACUCAAUGUUCUCAACAACCUCCACUCACAUUUCCUCCUUGUUGACGACGGCACGGUGGGCAAGUACGGUGCAGAGGUCCAACUGCGGCGGGACCUGGAGAAGCACAUUAACCUCCAAAGAAUACACGCACGUAUUGGUCAGGGUGUUCCUGUGGUGGCACUCAUCUUUGAGGGGGGUCCCAAUGUGAUCUUGACCGUGCUGGACUACCUUCAAGAGAGCCCUCCCGUUCCCGUAGUGGUGUGUGAGGGGACUGGCCGAGCCGCUGACAUGCUGGCCUACGUCCACAAGCAAACUGAAGAGGGCGGCGGUCUACCAGACGGUGUGGAGGCGGACAUCAUCGCCACCAUCAAGAAAACCUUCAACUUUAGCCAGAGCGACGCCAUCCAUCUUUUUCAGACUCUGAUGGAGUGCAUGAAGAGGAAAGAAUUGAUCACUGUGUUUCAUAUCAGCUCCGAGGAGAGCCAGGAUAUUGACGUCGCUAUUCUUAGGGCCUUACUCCAAGGCACAAAUGCUUCUGCCUUCGAUCAGCUGGUCCUGACCCUGGCGUGGGACCGCGUGGACAUUGCCAAGAAUCAUGUGUUUGUGUACGGACAGCAACUUUUGGUGAGCUCCUUGGAGCAAGCCAUGCUCGAUGCACUUGUGAUGGAUCGAGUGGACUUCGUCAAGUUGCUGAUUGAAAAUGGUGUCAGCAUGCACCGCUUCCUGACAAUCAGUCGGCUGGAGGAGCUUUACAACACUAAACAACCUCCCAACAAUCCAACUCUCCUUCACCUGGUUAGAGAUGUCAAGCAGAGCCACCUGCCUCCAAACUACAAGGUCACCUUAAUUGACGUGGGCCUAGUUAUUGAGUACCUAAUGGGUGGGACUUACAGGUGCAACUACACCAGGAAACGCUUUAGAAUCAUUUACAACAAUCUCCACGGCAGCAGUAGGAGGUCUGGGCGCCACCCGAUGGGCCCUGGCUCUCAUUUGAGGAAAAGUCAUGAGUCAUUCAGCAUGCAAGCUGAUAAGAAGGAGAAGACCAGGCAUAAUCAUUUCAUCAAGACUGCUCAGCCUUACAAACCAAAGCUGGAGUCCACCAAAGAGCAGAACAAGAAGCGAAACAAGGAGGAGAUCGUGGACAUCGACGACCCAGAGACGCGGCGCUUUCCUUACCCGUUCAACGAACUGCUUGUGUGGGCCGUGCUCAUGAAGCGGCAGAAAAUGUCACUGUUCUUCUGGCAGCACGGUGAGGAGAACAUGGCCAAGGCCCUGGUGGCAUGCAAGCUCUGCCGCUCCAUGGGCUACGAGGCCAAAAAGAGCGACGUGGUGGAUGACACGUCGGAGGAGCUCAAGGAGUACUCCAAUGAGUUCGGCACAUUGGCGGUGGACCUGUUGGAGCAGUCGUUUAGGCAGGAUGAGACUAUGGCCAUGAAGCUGCUCACCUACGAGCUGAAGAACUGGAGCAACUCCACCUGCCUGAAGCUGGCCGUCUCCUCGCACCUGCGACCCUUCGUGGCACACACCUGCACCCAGCUGCUGCUGUCUGACAUGUGGAUGGGGCGACUAAACAUGCGCAAGAACUCCUGGUACAAGGUGAUCCUGAGCAUUUUGGUGCCUCCUGCCAUUCUGCUUUUGGAGUAUAAGUCCAAGGCCGAGAUGGCGCACAUCCCGCAGAGCCAGGACGACCACCAGAUUACCAUGGAGGACAGCGAAAACAACUUCCAGAACAUUGCGGACGACAUCCAAAUGGAUGUGUUCAAGGAGGCCAGAUCCAACGACCCUACGGAGACAAAGACUGACAUGGAGACACACGUUCGCUCCAGGAAGCUGCCAUUAAACAGGAAAAUCUACGCCUUCUACCACGCUCCCAUUGUCAAGUUCUGGUCAAACACGCUCUUUUAUUUGGGUUUCUUGAUGCUCUACUCAUACGUGGUCCUGGUGAAAAUGCCUGAAUGGCCUUCUCCUCAAGAGUGGGUCGUCAUCCUCUACAUCUUCACCUCAGCCAUUGAAAAGAUUCGAGAGAUGUUUAUGUCAGAAGCAGGCAAAAUAAGUCAAAAGAUAAAGGUGUGGUUCGAUGACUACUUUAACGUCUCUGACUUCCUGGCCAUCGUGUCCUUCUUCAUCGGCUUCGGCUUAAGGCUCGGCGGAGGGAAAGCCUUCGUCCCUGGAAGGACGGUUUACUGUCUCAACAUCAUCUUCUGGUACGUGAGACUCCUCGAUAUCUUGGCCGUCAACCAGCAAGCUGGACCCUACGUCAUGAUGAUCGCCAAAAUGGUGGCCAAUAUGUUUUACAUUGUGGUGAUAAUGGCCAUUGUCCUGCUGAGCUAUGGCGUUCCUCGCAAGGCCAUUCUGUAUCCCCACGAAGAGCCAAGCUGGAAACUGGCCAAAGAUGUGGUUUUCCAGCCGUACUGGAUGAUGUACGGGGAAGUGUAUGCCUAUGAAAUCGAUGGUAAGGCCGGUGAGGAUGGAAAGGGAGAUUAUGAGGUGUGUGCCAACAACAGUGAAUCGUCAGUAAAGGGCCUGUGCACAGCAGGGGUGUGGCUGACUCCUCUCCUACAAGCAGUCUACCUCUUUGUACAGUACAUACUCAUGGUCAAUCUCCUCAUCGCCUUCUUUAACAAUGUGUAUCUCCAGGUGAAGUCCAUCUCCAAUUUAGUGUGGAAGUACCAGCGCUACCACUUCAUCAUGGCCUACCACGAGAAACCGGUCUUCCCACCACCCUUCAUCCUCCUGUGCCAUAUCUACUCGCUCUUCUGUAUGUGCGGAAAGAGAAAGAAGGAGCACACCUAUGGGCCAAAGCUAUUUCUCACAGAGGAAGACCAAAAGAAGCUUCAUGACUUUGAGGAGCAGUGCGUGGAGACGUACUUUCAUGAAAAGGACGACCAGUUUCACACAGGAAGUGAGGAACGCAUACGCCUCACUUCUGAAAGGGUUGAGAACAUGUGCAUGCAGCUGAAGGAGGUGGGCAACAAGGUCAACUUCAUCAAGCGCUCCUUGCACACGCUGGAUUCCCAAAUCGGUCACCUGCAAGACCUGUCUGCCCUCACCGUGGACACCUUGAAGACACUGACGGCUCAAAGGGCGUCCGAGGCCAGCAAGGUCCACAAUCAGAUCACCCGGGAGCUCAGCCUAUCCAAGAACGUGGUCCCCAGCAUCAUUCCCAUGGCGACGGACACCGGCCCCCAGUCCAAAUGCUCCGUGAUGGGGAAACGGAGCGUGGGGGCCUACUUAGGUUCAGCGAAUAUCGCAGACUCUCUUUUUGGGAUCGGCGCCGGGGGAUACGGGACUGAUAGUAGCCGUAGAGUUGGGCCGAGCCCCUUGCCAGGGCUGGGGCUGGAUCCAAAUCUGAGUCCAGAGAGGAGGGGCUUGUUAGGGCUCGGGCACCUCGCCGUAGAGGCUGGCUCCUCCGGCAGCUGUGCCUCCAGUGCCUUUGACCAAAGUGCUGUAGCCAUUUCCCCUGCAGAGCUGCAUUUCCGGGGCCACUCCCUCACCCGCCGUAAGCUGAGCCGUCCACACGAGCCGGAGUAUUCCGACUCACCAUCCAGCCUGCCCAAUGUGCCCUCGCGCGCGGCGCACUUCCACAUCAGCAGCACCCCCUCCCAGCCCAGCGGCUCCAGCCACCCAGAGCUCGCCUUGGCUGGGCUUUACCAGCAGCCAACUGAGAGCUCCGCUGUAGAGUUUGGGGCGUUCGUCGGACAUAAAGACUGUUCUGACCUCCUGCACUCUACACCCAAAGAGACCUGCAGCCCACAGCGCAGCCAGGCUACACGCCUGCAGCCUGAAGGUCAAGGUCCUAUUAGAGCCGUUAACUCCUACGCUGGUUUUACAGAGUUUGACAGGAGUCCUGCUUUUCUCCAUCCUGAUUCAACUCUGAGGAAGACUGAUCGGAGCAGAGUGUCAGCUGAAGACAUCCUCAUCCACGAGGAUCCUCGAACUUCAGUGCCGGAAAGAGUACAGGUCAAAUCAGCACAAGCAAGCAAUCUCCAACCCCCUGGAGAAGACACAUUAACUGCUUCAGUCUCUCUCUGCACACCUCGCCACUCUCACCUCGGAUCCAGAAAAGAUUCCAUCGGAUCACCUUUCAAACCAAUGGAAAGCUACCAGUACUCAGCUGUUGAGCGUAACAACCUGAUGAGAUUGUCACAGAGCAUCCCCUUUACGCCGGUGCCCCCUAGAGGAGAGCCGGUGACGGUGUACCGGUUGGAGGAGAGCUCGCCCAACACCAUCAACAACAGCAUGUCUUCCUGGGCCCAGCGCGGCCUCUGCGCCAAGAUCGAGUUUCUCAGCAAAGAGGAGAUGGGCGGCGGCCUCAGACGGGCCCUCAAAGUCCUCUGCACCUGGUCCGAGUACGACAUCCUCAAGCCUGGACAUCUGUACAUAGUUAAGUCCUUCCUGCCCGGGGUGGUCGAGACCUGGCAGAGCAUCUACAAGGAUGACACCGUGUUACACCUUUGUCUCAGGGAAAUUCAACAACAGCGAGCAGCGCAGAAGCUGACUGUGGCCUUCAACCAGAUCAGACCGAAGCCUAUUCCCUACUCGCCAAGGUUCCUGGAGGUGUUCCUGCUCUAUUGCCACUCUGCAGGCCAGUGGUUUGCCAUCGAGGAGUGCAUCACAGGAGAGUUCCGAAAGUUCAACAACAACAACGGUGACGAGAUAGCUCCCACCAACCUCCUGGAGGAGACCAUGCUGGCCUUCAGCCACUGGACCUACGAGUACACGCGCGGUGAGCUGCUGGUGCUCGACCUGCAGGGGGUGGGAGAGAUUCUGACCGAUCCAUCUGUUAUAAAGAGUGGCGAGAAGGGGUCUUACGACAUGAUUUUUGGACCGGCCAACUUAGGUGACGACGCCAUUAGGAACUACCGGGCGAAACAUCGCUGCAACUCUUGCUGCAGGAAGCUAAAACUUCCCGAUCUGAAGCGGAACGAGUACACGCCUGACCAGGUCAACCCGGGGGGUGGAGCCAAGGAACCGCACCAAUCAAUGAGGCUGAUGACGCUGUGAUCAAUCAUUAAACUGGAAGAAUGCCGCUCGUUUCCAGAGAAACGGCCCCCCGAUGUGUCAAAACGCUCAUGUUUGCAUGUGUGCGUGCAUACAUGAGCAGGUACAUGACUUAUUAUUAUUUAUUGAUGUUUCUUGGUGUUGCCUUCUUUGAACAUAUAUGUAUAUUACAAAAAAGGAGAAAUCAAAGUGCAUUGUACAUCUGUUACAGCGUUACUGCUUCAUUUUUAUUAAAUGUGCAAACAUCUUGUAUCCUUGCUUUGUAUCUCUUACUUUAAGAAAUCAUGUUUGAAAAAAAAGGGCACAUUGCAAUGCAACGUUUAAAGGACAUAAUUUAUUUUAUUCCAAAAAGUGUGUCCGCCCUCGUUAUUUUUCAUUGUUACAAAGGUACGAUUGCAAUAUCUUUGUCAUCACCUGUCAAUAAGCGCAGAUGGAGUAAAUCUAGUGUAUCUUAUAGAUACUGUUAUCUGCAUGAACAUAUACAGGAGCUUUGUCAUCUUUUAUUCAGGGCACACUUGAAGGGUAUUACUGUAUACAUUUUGUACUGAACAUUUUAAACAAAUAAAAUCUCAAGCAAAUUUCAUGUCACUUGGUUUAAAAUAUAUUGUACACUAUCCAUUUAUAUUCUAAUUUCUAUUAAACAUCUUUAUUCAA